AUGGCAAACUUUAGCAGUCUCCAACUUGUCCAAGCCCACUCCGCCUUCUUUAUAGCGGGCAUCAAUCUCCAUGUCUUCGUUUUUCGUAAGGGAGAAUGGAACACUUUUACCACUACUCUUAUCAGCGGCUCCACUCUCGGGAUCGCCUUACUCGCAGCCGUCCUAACCCGGUUCGCUCCCGGGUCUUUCGACAGCAACAUCGGCGCCCUUGGAUUAGCCUCUUCGCUUACAGCUGCUCUUGUCAUUGGAAUUUACAGCAGCCUACUGGUGUAUCGCGCAGCAUUCCACAGGCUGAACAGCUUCAAGGGCCCUUUUGCGGCAAGACUCUCGAACCUAUGGAUCACCUCCAAGGCGGUCAAGAAGUUGCAACUCCAUCUGGAAGUCCAAGAACUCCACAAACAAUACGGCGACAUUGUGAGAAUCGGUCCAACUGAGUUGUCUAUCAACAACCCAAAGGCAGUUCCGGCAAUCCACUCAGCCCGUUCACCCGCCAGGAAAGGCCCCUGGUACUCGGUCUUGAUAAACCCUAUGCUCGCUCUGAAUGUCAUCCGAGACAAGCACGAGCACACUGUGCGACGAAAGACUUGGGAGAAAGGAUUUAGCUCCAAAGGUAUUGUUUCCGCCUUCAGUUUCCUGGAAAGUCUCGAUUUUCUAACCUUCGAACCAGCCUUGAAAGACUACGAGUACCGCGUAGCAAACUACGCCAAUCAACUCCUGUCACAGAUUGAAACGCACAAGGGAACGCCCUUCAACAUGACAGAUUGGUCCAACUUUUUCAGCUUUGACGUCAUGGGCGACUUGGCUUUCGGCAAGUCCUUCAGGAUGCUGGAGAACGGCAUCAAACAUCAUUUCAUGACUGAUUUGCACAAGAACCUGGAAUCUGUUGGGAUGUUUAGUCAUAUGAUAUGGCUCUUUCCUGUCUUCAAAAACACUCCAAUCAUCAAUUCCCGCCACAAACGGUUCUGGCACUUUGUCAAGUCACAGGUGGACGAGAGGAUCAAGAACACUCCAGACCGCUCAGACGUGUUCUCGUGGUUGUUGGAGGACUUCAACGCAAUCAAGAACCCUUCUUGGCAAGACCGCAUGAACCUCUACGGAGAUGCGUACCUGAUUAUUAUUGCUGGGAGUGAUACCACUUCUGCUACCCUAACUAGUCUCAUUUUCGAACUUGCCCAGCACAAGGAGCAUGCACAGCGACUGAGAGAAGAGGUUGACGACUACUUUGCGCAGAAUGAAAACCCUGAACACCUCUCGCUGUCAAAGCUUCAGUAUUUACAGGCAUGCAUUGACGAGACCUUGCGGCUCCACCCUACAGUUCCAUCAGGUCUCCAACGGAUGACGCCGCCUGAAGGCAUGGAGAUUGACGGGACGUUCAUUCCGGGUGACACCAUCGUCCAGGUGCCUAACCACACAAUGUUCAGAGGCAAGUUUAUAUUUCUGCCCCAUGCGACUACGGCUCCUGACGAGUUCAUUCCUGAGCGUUGGACCACGCGGCCCGAGCUGUCCAAGAACCCCGCGGCUUUUGUCCCCUUCAGCACAGGGAAGUAUUCAUGUGUGGGGAAGCAGCUUGGGCUCAUGGAGCUCCGCUACGUUGCCAGCCAAAUCAUCUCUCGGUAUGACAUUGAGCUCGCUCCCGGCCAGACGCGCGAGGCGUUUGUUGAACACCAAAAGGAUGGGUUUACGCUGUCGUUGCCGCCGUGCCAAGUGGUUUUCAAGCCGAGGGCCGACAAGAAAGGGGUUGCGUAG